ACGGAGCGCACGGACCGCUCUCGCAGGGCCGGAUUCGCGGGUGCUUCCGCCAAGAAAAGUAGUGCGAGCGGCCUUUUCCGGCCCGUCGCCUCCGGUGGCCUGCCUUCCCCCUGCCGUUCCCGCCGCGGUCGCCGCGGCCCUGCCUCCCCGCUCGCGGCCGGUAGGGGCCGGGAGACUGAGGGGAGCUUGUCGGAGCGCGGAUCCCUCCGCCUGCGGUAUCGGUGCUGCGGCCGCGCCGCCGCCAUUUUGAAUGCCUGGCUCCUGCCGCUGCUGCUUCCUCCGCUGCAGGGACCGGCCCGAGGAUGCCAGCCCCCAUCAGACUGCGGGAGUUGAUCCGGACCAUCCGGACAGCAAGAACCCAGGCAGAAGAGCGUGAGAUGAUACAAAAGGAAUGUGCUGCUAUCCGGUCAUCCUUCCGAGAGGAAGAUAACACAUACCGAUGCAGAAAUGUGGCAAAGCUGCUGUAUAUGCACAUGCUGGGAUACCCUGCACAUUUUGGACAGUUGGAGUGCCUCAAGCUCAUUGCCUCUCAGAAAUUCACAGACAAGCGCAUUGGGUAUUUAGGUGCCAUGUUGCUGCUGGAUGAGAGACAGGAUGUCCAUCUUCUUAUGACCAAUUGCAUCAAGAACGACCUUAAUCACAGCACGCAAUAUGUGCAGGGGCUGGCACUCUGCACUCUUGGCUGCAUGGGCUCCUCAGAAAUGUGCAGAGACCUUGCAGGAGAGGUGGAAAAGCUCCUCAAAACUUCCAACUCCUAUCUUAGGAAGAAGGCAGCAUUGUGCGCUGUUCAUGUCAUUAGAAAGGUGCCUGAACUCAUGGAGAUGUUCCUGCCAGCCACCAAAAACUUGCUGAAUGAGAAGAACCAUGGUGUUCUUCACACAUCAGUUGUCCUCCUCACAGAGAUGUGUGAGAGAAGCCCAGACAUGCUUGCACACUUUAGAAAGCUUGUUCCCCAAUUAGUUCGUAUUCUGAAGAACCUUAUCAUGUCUGGAUAUUCACCAGAGCAUGAUGUGUCUGGGAUCAGUGACCCCUUUUUGCAGGUACGAAUCCUGCGCUUACUAAGAAUUUUAGGGCGAAAUGAUGACGAUUCUAGUGAAGCAAUGAAUGAUAUACUUGCACAGGUUGCCACUAAUACAGAAACAAGUAAAAAUGUGGGAAAUGCCAUUCUCUAUGAAACUGUGUUGACUAUUAUGGACAUAAAAUCUGAGAGUGGACUGAGAGUGUUAGCCAUUAACAUCCUAGGCCGUUUCUUAUUAAACAACGACAAAAAUAUUAGAUAUGUAGCUUUGACAUCAUUGUUGAAAACUGUGCAGACAGACCAUAAUGCAGUACAACGGCAUAGAAGCACGAUUGUGGACUGCCUGAAGGAUCUGGAUGUCUCCAUUAAAAGGCGUGCAAUGGAACUGAGUUUUGCUCUUGUUAAUGGGAACAAUGUCCGUGGAAUGAUGAAGGAGUUGCUGUAUUUCCUAGAUUCCUGUGAACCAGAGUUCAAGGCAGACUGUGCAUCUGGGAUAUUUCUUGCAGCUGAAAAAUAUGCUCCUUCCAAACGCUGGCACAUAGACACAAUUAUGAGAGUCUUAACAACGGCAGGAAGUUAUGUUCGUGAUGAUGCUGUUCCCAAUCUGAUUCAGCUAAUAACUAAUAGUGUGGAGAUGCAUGCCUACACUGUGCAGAGACUCUACAAAGCUAUCCUUGGUGAUUACUCCCAGCAGCCCCUGGUGCAAGUGGCCUCUUGGUGCAUAGGAGAGUAUGGAGAUCUUCUGGUGUCUGGUCAGUGCGAAGAGGAGGAACCGAUACAGGUAACAGAGGAUGAAGUUCUUGAUAUUUUAGAAAGCGUCCUGAUAUCUAAUAUGUCUGCAUCUGUUACACGAGGCUAUGCUCUCACUGCCAUCAUGAAGCUUUCCACAAGGUUCACCUGCACUGUCAAUCGCAUUAAGAAGGUAGUUUCCAUUUAUGGCAGCAGCAUUGAUGUGGAGCUGCAGCAGAGGGCAGUGGAAUAUAAUGCACUUUUCAAGAAAUAUGAUCACAUGAGGCCAGCCCUGCUUGAGAGAAUGCCAGUAAUGGAGAAAAUCACCACAAAUGGCCCUACUGAGAUUGUACAGACCAACGGAGAGACAGAGCCAGCGGUACUGGAAACGAAACCUCCACCCUCUGGAUUGCAGCCUGCUAGCCAGGCAAAUGAUUUGUUGGACUUGUUGGGGGGAAGUGAUAUAACACCUGUAAUCCCCACGGCACCUACAAGCAAGCCAGCCUCUGCUGGUGGGGAGCUCCUUGACCUCCUGGGAGACCUCAACCUAACAGGUUCUCCAGUAUCUGCCCCUGCGCCUCAAAUAGCACAGCCUCCAUUUCUGCUUGAUGGACUUUCAUCACAGCCUCUCUUCAAUGACAUUGCUGCAGGAAUCCCCUCAAUUACUGCAUACAACAAGAAUGGGCUGAAGAUUGACUUCACCUUUGAGAGGUCGAAUACCAACCCCAGUGUCACUGUAAUCACGAUACAGGCCUCCAACAGCACAGAGCUGGAUAUGACAGAUUUUGUUUUCCAAGCUGCAGUACCAAAGACAUUCCAGCUGCAGCUCCUGUCUCCCAGCAGCAGUGUCAUCCCUGCAUUUAACUCGGGGACCAUCACACAGGUCAUUAAAGUCCUGAAUCCACAAAAGCAACAACUACGUAUGCGGAUCAAGUUGACAUAUAAUCACAAGGGCUCAGCAAUGCAGGAUCUAGCAGAAGUCAACAACUUCCCCCCUCAGUCUUGGCAGUGAGGCUCUGGCACCAUUCUUAUUCUCACCCCACCCAAUCAAAAGAACUCUGGGAAGAAGGUUGUGAUCCUUGGCAAUCCCCCAAACUGCACCAUGGGCAUGGGGAUCAGAUGAGACCUGCUGAUGAGGAGGAACUUUCCUGAAGUGAUUGCUGACUUUGAAGCAUAUCUGUUAAAGACUAAUCUCCUCUCCUCCGCUGAUGAGGCUGGCGGCUUGUGGAGGCUACUGUGCACUCUCUCACACAUGCAUUCACAGCCAGAAGCAACAUUCCCUUCUCCCCUCCCACCCCUGUCCCCAACAAAGAAACACAGCCUGGUUGGAAGAGAAGUCUGGAAUUUCUAGCAGGGAAGCUUUCUUCUCUCUGCAGCAAGUGAACAGCAGCCCCUUCUUUCUGCUGUCUUUUCCCCCUGGGGUAGGCAAGGCAUGUUGUCAUUCAUUACUAGCUGGAUUCCUUCAGGCACUUUUGUAUGGGGCUCAGACUGGGGGCUUGGGGAAUGUCAGGCUGCUCUGCCUCUUUCUUCCUGUAUUCCCUGUGUCUGAAGGGGCUGGAGGCUUCUUAUGGCCUAUUCAGUGCAUUAUUGUGUACACUCACCUCUUAGUUAUGUGAUACAUGCCAAGAGCAAGUUAGGUCUUGGGAGUUCAUCUGCAAACCUGGGACAGUGCAGGAAAAGAGGUGCUGGUGAGAGUUGAUAAAAUUGCUUUGGUGCUGUACUUGGCAAUGAAGACUUUACACUUGAAUUUUCUUUCUUUCCAUCAAUAGCCACAGCCAUGCAGAUUCAGAGUCUUCUGUACCUUCCCCAGAAAGUGUGGUGAUGUAUGAGCAAUGUAGAGAUCCAAGGAGCAUCUGGUUUUCCACCACGGAUGAUUUCAAAGCCUUUUGACCCAUUAGUUGUGGUUUAUGGGUAGAAAAGACAUACUCAAUUCUGUAGAUCAGUCUGAGGGCUCUCUCCCUGCUGGGAGACUCAUCAGAGACUAUGCUGCAAAGUUGUUCUUCCCAGUUAUUCCAGACCUUCUCCCCAGUUUCAUUUCCAGAGCCUGUUGUAGACCCCCUGGAUUCCAUUUGAGUUACUUCUGACUGGGAUAUUUGUGUUGUAUCUGUAAUAUUGGCACUGAAAUAAAGACCAUGCGGUUUAAAGAGACCUUUCCCAUUUUGUUACUUAAUUGAUCCUUGUAGUUUGCUCCUUGCUCCCCUUUCAGAGAAAUGUGCUAGUUCAGGUUCAUGCUGAAAGUAACUGAACUGUUUUUUGAAUGGAAGCCAGUCGUUUGAGUAUUUGGAUCUAAAGAUGUGAGGUCCAGUACUCUUCUAACCUUAUAGAAGGCUGUAAGGCUUAGAGAAAGCUGUACAGUUAUGCUACCUAGCAUGAACUGUUGUCAAGGUGGUAGAGUUCCGUGAAUUCUCAUGGAGGUGAUGUAUAGGACAUAAAGCACAGAUCUGCAUCCAUGAGUGUGCUGGGAAGCUAAAGGUACUCCAGCUUCCAACCCAGUGCUUUCUCAGAAGAAACAGAUGGCACAUCUGCUUUAUUUCUGUUAUUAGGGCUUUCCAUAUAGCGACCAUUUGGUGCUCUGAUGGCAAGCUUAGAUGCAGCUUUUUGCAUCUGCAAAAGCGCUAACACUAGGCUCCAGUUCUUGCCAAAAACAUUGCAAGAGCGGUGUACACUGUACUAAGGGAAAAUUGAAGACCUAUUCUGCCCUUGAAUAGGGAGCAGGAGGCCACUAAAGGUUGUUCAGUCUGCUUUGGUUUUAACUGCAUUAGGACUGUCACUGAUUUAAGUGCUGGUCUGUGUAGUGGAAUAAGGUUAGCUUCUUUUGCAGGGCAUUUUUGCUGCCUUAUUGAUCAAACAGGUUUGGGCAUAUAAAAUUCGGGUUAUAAAAUCUGGAAGAAUGAUGUAUGAUUUCCUAAAAAGUAUUUCUGGGUUGUGGCAGGGUCGUGCCUUGGCUGCCAGUGGUGAGACAGAUAUUGUGCUUCAGCUAGAAGCAUCAUGAACCAGGCAGUCUUGCAGAAAAUGGCUGAAUCAAAGUCCAUUUGUAGGUGCUGAGCAUUUACUUUGUUGUUUUCACUGCCAUUGUGACUAUUCACCACCCUGCUAGCUCAAAUUCUAUAGUGUUGAAGGCUGAGCAUGCCAAAUCUAGACUCCGCUGAGCUCUGAGGGUGUCCCAGACACAAAGCUAGAGGAAGGUGUUUGCCUUAGUUCCUGAAUGCCCCAUAAACCCUCUCCUCCUCACAGAAUCGUACACAGUCACUUCUACUGAAAUCUGGCACACCUCAGCCUCCAUUUGUUUUUGCUGAGAAGCAGCACUGGUGCAGGAGGAUUAGAUGGGGAUAAAGAAGUAAAUGGUCUCUGACCUGGCCAGUUUGUUGCAGCAUAGUUGGGAACAGCUUAUCUUGUCCCUCUGUUGCCCUUGUUUUCUGUCCCCUAAAGCAGCUGGGUUUUGUUGUUGGUCUCUGUCUGGUGAGCUUAUAGGGUAAAUUCCUACUAUGUCCUUGGCUCCUUCAGCCACCCUUGCACAGAGUGUUUGUGUUUUGGGAAAUAGGUGAUUUGUCAUAUAUUUCUGAGGUGAGCUGGAGGAGGUGGUGCACGUACCUGAAAUGCAUUCUGCUUGAAGCCAUCCCUUGGCUGUGAAGUACUCCUUUGUAGCAGCUGAACAUUCCUGUUGUCCUUGGAGCUCUUUCCCUUCCCCUUGCUAAGGGAUCGGGUACUAACACUGCCAGAAGGAGGGCCAGGUUUCACACGUUCCCGUACCUGCAAAACUAGAUACCAUUGCUUGCUUCUUGACCCCUGAGUACCUCGUAAGCUCUGUGCUGCUGCUUUGUUUUCUCACUGGAGAGUACUCGCAUGUCCACAUCUGAGGCACUCUGAGAAAAGGGUGAGUCUUUUUCCCACCAGUUGAGUACAACAAUUCUUACAGGUCUAGCCAGCAUUUUCCUUGCUUCAGUGUAAGGGGAAUAUGAAGGGAGCAAGAUACAGACUUCAUGGCUAAUCUAAUAUCUGCACUGGAGACUUUGGAGCUGAGAGAGAUUGAAUGUCUGCUUUUUUUUUCAAGUGAAUGUAUUUUGAGUCAAAAAAAACGACAGGAAGAAUAGUGGCCAUAGUGGGCCUGAAGGGGAAGAAGAUGCGGGAAGGUCCUAAGAUUCGACUUUGUCCAGGAUUUGAUGGGACAAAAUAUGGCCUUGAACAACCUUUUGAAGCAAUAGCAGUGAGGGGACUGCCACCUAUACGGUACCAUGGAUAUAUAACUCAGAAGAUUCUGAAACAGCUGGGAAAGGUGACUUAGUGCCUUCCUCAAGGCUGGUACUAGCUGCAAGAUGGAGCAGCAAAGAUGGCUUUUUUUUCAGGUCUGCUGGUGCGCUUUCUAUGUGUUCAUUUUCUACUUGGGGGCUGUGAGGGAAGGAGCUACUGGACUGCUUCCCUCUUGAACUUUCACUCUAUUCCUGUAUAUUCCUUUUUCUUUCCUAAUGUUGUAAUUUACAUUUUACAUAGAGCCGCAUCCCACCUCUUUGACAAUAUAGUAAAAACAAAAUCCAACCCACCCGUCUAGCCCCUCAAAAAAAACCCCAAACAUAAAACUCCAACAAACUCAACCAAAUUUAAAGUAAAAAUAUGCCAUUUGAGCAGGGAGCCUGGUGGCAUUCGAACUUCUGCAGACCUAUUUUUGAGAUGUGAAAAAUUUAAAUAAAUGCUGAGUCUUUGGUGAGCGAGGAGCAUAACAGAUGUAAACAUUUACAUGGGAUGCAUUAGACUUCUGCUGUGUGUAUUGUCUUUUGGUUGAAACAAAUUAUGAAGUGACUAAUAAAAUGAGUCAAUAUUCAAUGAUUUAAAA